AUGAAAACAGAAGGAGGUGGCGCAGUUGUCAAGUUUUUUAACGAAGUAGACACAUCGGAUGUAGAGUCUAUCUGCCUUGUAAUAGCAUCAAAACUUGAGUCUCUGGCCAAUACCUGUGAAAACAGAAAUGAAAUGGCAUUUCCAGCGGAUACCGUUAAGGACACAAUCGAACUGUGUAGCAAAUUGAAAGAGAGAACCCCGCAUCACAAGAUUCCUACAAAGUACAUUCAGCAUAUAAGAGACAAUAAAGAAUCAAGUAGCUAUUUUAAUGCAUCGCAAGAUGCUCUGAAGAAUGAAGAAGAUCGCAUCAUCACAAAAAGAAAGAUGUUUGCUACGUUCAGGAGCAUGAUAAAAGACAUGGAUGCUUUGUGA